GUCGGCCUUUUGAAAACAGCUGCGAUCACACUGCAAAUUGCAUUCACCGGUUGUUUACAUGUGUGUUUUGGUUUUUGCUAAAAUAAAACAAAUUUUAAUUGAUAAAUGAUAAUUGAUAACAGUUAAAUUUGUGUAAAUCAUGUCUGCUGACUACGCGGACUUGUGCUCGGCCAUACUGGAACAGUGCUUUGGCAAGGUGGUGCAGUCUGUGGCCGACUGCCUCUUCUCGGCGACCACGCGCACGUUGUCUCAAAUAGUGAGCAGCACCAAUUUCUCGAGAAAGGAAGUGGGACUCGCGCUGUCUGUGCUGAUUAAGUUCCGGCUGGUUAAUUUUGAACCCUCCAAAAGCAAUGCCUACCUUCCAGAGUACUCCCUAAGGCGGGAAGACGUAAUCUGCUUGCUUCGCUAUUCCCGCUACAUACAUUUGGUGCAGUCGAAGUAUGGGAAUGUUGGAGCAUCAAUUGCAGAGGAGCUGCUCAAUUCUGGUUCCGAUACAGCAACAAGUAUCCUGUUGAAAUGUUUGUCCAAUGGCGAAAACAAAUCGGAAACUGCCGAGAGCUACAAGAAUAUACUUCUUAAAAUGAUUGCGGAUCAUUAUAUCAUUAAGUCACCCGAGUUGAUCACGAGUGAGGAGGGAGAUGAUUUGGUGCCAAGAUUCCUGACCAACGAGUGCGAUUUCUUUGUGCCUCCCAUCAUUGAUUUGCAGCUGCUGGCCAAGAUUCAAAAAGGCGAGUCCACGUUGUCAAAUGCACAAGACGGUGCGAUGGUGUGGCACUUGAACUAUGAUAGAUUCCACCAGGAGUUCAGGGAUGACAUUAUGAAGAUUGCCAUUGAGCGAAAACUGGGUGAAAAUGCCGCCGAAUGUUUCCGAUUUAUACUGAAUAUUAUGUACAAUACCACAGAUCCUUGGCAGAGGAGGGUUUCCAAUCAAGUUACCUAUGUGGAGAUCAAACAGACAAUUGAGAGGAAAUCAAAUAAUCUGGACCUACUUAAGCAUUUGGAUCAAUAUAUCGCUUUGAUCACGGACGAUUCACUUGGUUUUCUGCGCAAAGUUGGCGACAUGGGCGGUGGACAAUAUGUGGUCGAUAUGGAGAGCUCAUUUGAGUCCUUGGCUUUUGCUUGCGUUGAGUCUGUGAUUACUGAACGCUUUGGUUCGAAGGCAGCGCGCAUCUUUCGAGUGAUUCGGUUCAAGAAGUUCAUCGAGCAGGAGGAUUUGCAAAAGGAGGCUAUGAUACCGGCAAAGGAGGCCAAAUCUCUUGCCUACAAUCUGUUCCAGGAGCAGUUUAUACAUGUGAAGGUCAUAAAGAAGGCCGGCGGAGGAGGCAGUGGACCAGCCAAGGCAUUCUAUCUCUUCCAGAUAAAAAACAAAAGAUGUAAGGUUCAGAUAAUAUUGAAAUUUAAGCAAUAUAUCAAUUCAUUUCUAUUACAGACUGUAAGAAUGUUGCUGGAUGUUUGCUACAAAGCACUUUACAACAUUAUAAGACGCUCGAAUUUUGAGAAAAGUGAACACAAGGGAUUGAUUGAGAAAUCGCAACGACUUGACAGCAUUGUGGAAACUAUGAAAGAACGCGGUGAAUCAGAGGACUAUAUUGCAGAGAUUGUGGAAACAUUUACGCCGCCUGAGUGUGAAAUUCUCAAUAAGGUUAAGCAUCGCAUUAAAACCUUAUCGAAAGCUGAGCUUACGCUGGACGACACGAUAUUCCUAUUACAAAUGUAUCAACAUCAUUGCACAACUUUGCCAACGGGCAUUCAGAAAUUUAAAUAAACGUUACGUAUUUUGAA